AUGAUGUUUAAAAUUGUGAUUAAAAAAUUUUAUGUUCUAGACGGGAGAAGCUCACAUAACAAUGGAAAAAUUGGCCUUGAAUUUGGACUGUUGCAGUGGGGUUUAGGCAAAUUUCCAAAAGUUGUCUCCCUUUGGUUAUGGAUGCAGUUGAGUGCACUUAUAAUUGUUUACCCUGGAUUCUACGGUUGGACUAUGUACAGACCUGAAGGAAAAGUCGAUAGUAAAGAUCAUGACAAAGCAGAUAUGUGUCCAGAUUUCUCCAAAUAUUUAUACUUUCUAUUUGCACCAACACUUGUAUACAGGGACAAUUAUCCAAGAACAGCCACAAUACGUUGGGGAUAUGUCGUGAGCAAUUUUGCCCAGGUGUUAGCCUGUACCUUGUAUAUCUACUACAUAUUUGAAAGAUUCUGUAUAACAGUGUUCAGAAACUUCAACAGGGACCAUGUUUCAGCCAAACUUUUUAUCACAUCUGUGUUCAGCUGUAUGCUACCAGGGGCAUUGACAUUGUUACUAGGGUUUUUUGCAAUACUGCAUUCCUGGUUCAAUGCAUUUGCUGAAAUGUUAAGAUUUGCAGAUAGAAUGUUUUAUAAGGAUUGGUGGAAUACAACAUCAUUUGCUAGUUACUACAGAACGUGGAACAUUGUUGUACAUGACUGGCUUUAUACAUAUGUCUAUAAAGAUUUAAGCAAAUUGCUGGGACCAAAGUAUAGAAGUAUAUGUAUGGCUUGUGUUUUUCUCCUAUCUGCGAUAGUUCAUGAAUAUGUUAUGGUGAUGGCGCUAGGGUUCUUCUAUCCUGUUUUGUUUGUCAUGUUCAUGGGAGCAGGUUUUGGUUUUAUAUUUGUGAAGGGAACAGGUCGCAGUUGGAAUGUAUUUUUAUGGUUAGCCCUGUUUAUGGGUAUGGGAGUUUUAUUCUGUGUAUACAACAUGGAAUGGUUUGCAAGACAGAAUUGUCCAGAAAAUUAUGACCAUUUUAUCGAUUAUGUCGUACCAAGAUCAUGGACCUGCAAUUUUGAUGCCAUGAAAAACAACUCGCAGUCCUGAUAGAGUUGGGAGGGAGACAUUGUAACAUUAUAUUCUUAUUCUUUAUGUAAUCAUCAUUCUCCUGUAAUAAUUAGCAGGUUGAGAUUUAGUACUUGUAUAAUGUACAUAAAAACUACAUAAAAUUAUAAGAUUUUUAACAUACAAUUCAGCAAGUACCUAAGUGUUGUACUACCUAAGGUGCCUAAUUAUGUCUCCCCCAGGAGACAUAUUGUUUUUGCCCUGUCCGUCCAUCUGUACGUACGUCACACUUCAUUUCCGAGCAAUAACUGGAGAACCAUUUGACCUAGAACCUUCAAACUUCAUAGGUUUGUAGGGCUGCUGGAGUAGAUGACCCCUAUUGUUUUUGGGGUCACUCCAUCAAAGGUCAAGGUCACAGGGGCCUGAACAUUGAAAACCAUUUCCAAUCAAUAACUAGAGAACCACUUGACCCAGAAUGUUGAAACUUCAUAGGAUGAUUGGUCAUGAAGAGUAGAUGACCCCAAUUGAUUUUGGGGUCACUCCGUCAAAGGUCAAGGUCACAGGGGCCUGAACAUUGAAAACCAUUUCCAAUCAAUAACUAGAGAACCACCUGACCCAGAAUGUUGAAACUUGAUAGGAUGAUUGGUCAUAAAGAGUAGACGACCCCUAUUGUUUUUGGGGUCACUCCGUCAAAGGUCAAGGUCACAGGGGCCUGAACAUUGAAAACCAUUUCUGAUCAAUAACUAAAGAACCACUUGACCCAGAAUGUUGAAACUUCAUAGGAUGAUUGUACAUGCAAAGUAGAUGACCCCUAUCGAUUUGGGGUCACUCCAUUACAGGUCAAGGUCACAGGGGCCUGAACAUUGAAAACCAUUUCCGGUCAGUAACUUGAGAACCACUUGACCCAGAAUGUUGAAACUUAAUAGGAUGAUUGGUCAUAAAGAGUAGAUGAUCCCUAAUGAUUUUGGGGUCACUCUGUGAAAGGUCAAGGUCACAGGGGCCCGAACAUAGAAAACCAUUUCCGGUCAGUAACUUGAGAACCACUUGACCCAGAAUGAUGAAACUUCGUAGGAUGAUUGGUCAUGCAGAGUAGAUGAACCCUAACAAUUUUAGGGUCACUCUGUUAAACUUCAAGGCCACAGGGGCCUGAACAUAGAAAACCAUUUCCAAUCAAUAACUUGAGAACCUCUCGACCCAGAAUGUUGAAACUUCAUAGGAUGAUUGUUCAUGCAGAGUAAAUGACCCUUAUUGUUUUUGGGGUCACUUCGUUAAAGGUCAAGGUCACAGGGGCCUGGACAUUGAUAACCAGUUCCGAUCAAUAACUUGAGAACCACUUGACCCAGAAUAUUGAAACUUCAUAGGAUGAUUGGACAUGCAGAGUAGAUGACCCCUAUUGAUUUUGGGGUCUGUCUAAUAAAGGUCAAGGUCACAGUGGCCUGUUCAUGUAAAAUCAUUUUUUGGAAAUAACUUUAGAACCACUUGACCUACAUUGUUGAAACAUAAUAGAAUGAUUGGACAUACAGAGUAGAUGACCCCUAUUUAUUUUGAGGUCACUUGAUCAAAGGUCAAGGUCACAGGAGCCUGAACAGUGACUUGAGAACCACUAGGCCACUAGUGUUGAAAUUUAGCGGGAUGACUGGACAUGCCAAGUAGAUGAUCCCUAUUGCAGCCAACCAUCAGUGUCUCUUUGACUUUCGCUCCUGACCCCUAUUGACUUCGUGCCUAUAGGACUUUGCAUUGGGGGAGACAUGCGCUUUUUUACUAAAGCAUUUUCUAGUUUCAAAUUUGGAUAUUCAUAAUUGCAAAACACAUCUAGCUUUGACAUUUGGGAAUUUAAAUAUUUGUGUUAAGCUAUUAAAUCACGGAACAGUUCUUGUACCCCCCGACAACAAAGUUGUAAGGGGGAGUAUACUGGUUUCAGGUUGUCUGUCUGUCCGUCUGUCUGUCUGUCCGUCUGGUCGUCUGUCCGUAGACGCAAUCUUGUGCGCACCAUCUCUCCUUAUCCCCUUGACAGAAUUUAAUGAAACUUCACACAAGUGAUCAGUACCAACAGUAGUUGUGCAUGGGGCAUGUUAGGUUCUUUUAGAAAAAAAAAUUUGCAGAGUUAUGGGACUUUGUUUUUUUGUUACUAUACUAUAGACAUAGACACAAUCUUGUGCGCACCAUCUCUCCUCAUUCCCUGGACACAAUUUAAUGAAACUUAACACAAGUGAUCAGUACCAACAGUAGUUGUGCAUGGGGCAUGUUAGGUUCUUUUAGAAAAAAAUUUGCAGAGUUAUGGGACUUUGUUUUUUGUUACUAUACUAUAGACAUAGACACAAUCUUGUGCGCACCAUCUCUCCUCAUUCCCUGGACACAAUUUAAUGAAACUUAACACAAGUGAUCAGUACCAACAGUAGUUGUGCAUAGGGCAUGUUAGGUUCUUUUAGAAAAAAACUUUGCAGAGUUAUGGGACUUUGUUUUUUUGUUACUAUAAUAUAUACAUAGACACAAUCUUGUGCGCACCAUCUCUCCUCAUCCCCUUGACACAAUUCAAUGAAACUUCACACAAGUGAUCAGUAACAACAGUAGUUGUGCAUGGGGCAUGUUAGGUUCUUUCAGAAAAAAAAAAUCCAGAGUUAUGGGACUUUGUUUUUUUGUUACUAUACUAUAGACAUAGACACAGUCUUGUGCGCACCAUCUCUCCUCAUCCCCUUGACACAAUUUAACGAAACUUCACACAACUGAUCAGUAACAACAGUAGUUGUGCAUGGGGCAUGUUAGGUUCUUUCAGGGACAAAAAUUGCAGAGUUAUGGGACUUUGUUUCUUGUUAACAUACUAUGUACAUACAGUCUUCAUAUGCAAUCUUGUGCGUGCCUAAUCUACCAAACCCUUGCACACAAUUUAAUGAAACUUCACACAAGUGAUCAGUACCAACCCUAGUUGUGCAUGGGCAUGUUACAUUCUUUUAGAUAAAUAUUCUGCAUAGUUAUGGGACUUUGUUUUUUGUUACUAUACUGUAUACAUACAGUCUAUAUACAUACAGUCCACAUAAUUAUGCAGUCUUGUGUGUGUCAAAUUGCAAUGUACUGUGUCAGUGCAUGCGGGGAGUACAUUCAUCACCUUUAGUGAUAGCUCUAGUUAGCUAAUGCAUUAUUUGUCUCACCUGAGCUUUGUUCAGUGUGAACUGUUGGUAUAGGUGGAUUAUCGGGUAUCCUGUGUCCUUCGUCCUGAGUUCUGUGUCAGCAUUUUUGUUUAAACAUCUAAAACCAUUUGGUAGAAGUUGAGGAAAAUUUAGCCUGGUUGCUUCUUGGAUAAUCCCCUACCAAAUUCAUCAAAAAAAUUCCAUUCCAUUUAGAAUUCUGGUUGCCAUGGCAACCAAAAGGAGCAUCAUAAAGCAUAUUCUUCUUCAAAACCACAAGGCCAAGAGCUUACAUAUUUGUUACAUAGCAUUGUCUAAUGUUCCUCAACAUAUUUAUUCAUAUCACGCCCCUGGAGUCAAAAUUGGUCCCACCCAGGGUUCACCUUUUUUUACACAGCCUAUAUUAAGGAAGAACUUUAAUAAUUCUUCCUACCUAAAACCUCAAGGCCUAAAGCUUAGAUAUUUGGCAUACAGCAUUGUGUAGAGGUCCCCGACCAAGAAAUCAUGUACCAAUUUUAGUCAGGAGAGCAAUACAGGUCAGUCAUUACCAUCUUGUUUGCCAUAUACGGAUUCCUUGUUUUCAGACACAGAUUGAAAUCUCAACCUCUUUAUUAAUGUCUUUCUGUGCCAACAAGGAUAACAAUGUCCUUUAUAUUUGAUGAAGUGUUUUUAGCUCGACUUUUCGAAGAAAAAGUAGAGCUAUUGUACUCGCCCCGGCGUCGGCGUCGCUGUUGGUUAAAGUUUUUGAUAAAGUCAAAUAUCUCUAUUACUAUUAAAGCUUUUGACUUGAAACUCAAAAUAGUUAUUUACUAGCAAAGUCUACACCAGGAGACACAAUUCCCAUAACUCAGGUUUGAAAUUUGACAGAGUUAUGUCCCUUUUUAACUUGGAAUUUUUUUUACUGGCAAAGCCCUAAUUCAGAGUCAAGCACUGAGAAAAGUCAAGCAUGCUGCCUUAUGGACAGCUCUUGUUAAUUUUAUACCUAUUUCUUUCUUCCAAUCAGUGAUUCACAUUUGUACCAUGUGACCAUCUAAUAUGUUUCUAUAUUGGAUACAGUAAUUUGGUAAUGCAACAACUUUAGUCUGAAUCUCCAAAUUAAUGAAUGGAAAAAGCUGUUGACUGGAGAAAGUAUGAAAUUCAGCAUCAUAAAAUGCUUGACGAUGUGACGUUUCUGUGUAAAUGUUUUAUGCAUGAAAUUGUUUCUGUCUGUGUUACCCUUCUUUUUUACUUAGAAAUAUAAGCAUAGCAUAAAAAGGUUACUUUACAUUGUGCUAUGCAGUACAGGGAGGUCGAAGGUUUAAGCCCCAUGGGGAGCGUUCGUCUAGGGGAUAUUUGUCAUGGAUCUCAUUCCGAAAAGGCCGGUUCGUGAGCCGCAAAAUUGUUAAAUGAAUGGUUAUCGACUUCUAUCCGCCUGGCGCCUGGCAUAGUGGUAGGAGUUGGGAGGUAAUUGGUACGCACAAUAAAGGUGUCUCAUAAGCCAAAUUGGCUGGCACUUUCAAUAGGGGUGACACUAUAAUAAACAAGACCUUUACGUUUUUACCUUUACCUUAUUCAGGCUCCUACUUAUAUGAUUAACAUUCUGUACUCACCUAUUGACUAGUCCAAUAUUUGUUCAAAUGGCUUCUGGUCUAAAUAUGUUGUAGUAUUGAACAACGAAGUUAAAUAAACCUAAUAAUAGUGUUCUGUGUAUGAUAAAAUCUUUAACAUUUUGAAAAAAAAAUCUUAAGGAUUUUCUCUACAAAUCAGUAACAUAAGACUGACAUUAAAGUAGAUAAACAUUUGUGGGAAGUGAUUUUUGGAUAAAACAUUUCUAUAUACCAGCAGGUGUGAGUUCUCGAAACUGUUUAACCCUCCAAUAUUUUGAAGUGACUUUCCUCCAAAUUGGUAACAGAAUAUCAUAUUUCUUCUAUUUUAUAGCACAUUACAGGAGCAUGGCUAUCACUUUUAAAUAGUGUGCUUUCUACAUAUAUAAAAGACUGUGCAAGACUUUUUGUAAAUACAUAAUGUAUAAAACACACUGAAUCACAUUCUGUCUCUACUGAUUUUUAUAUAAAUAGCAAAUGAAAGUACCUCCUAAAUUUUGGAAAAAAAAAACAGAAAAAAACAACAAAAAAACCAGAAAUCUAGAGUUCUGCUGCUAAGUCUGGAAUGAUUUAAUGCUUUAGUGAUACAUGUCACCUUCCUUUACUACUUUGCAGUUGUCUCCCCUUUCAUAUAAUAAUACCAUCCAUUGAUGUGUGGGUAGUUAUACUGUUAGAAAUGGAAAACGUUUAAUUGAUUUGGAUACAUUUAGACAUCAUAUAUUACAUUUAUUUAUAUUAUUUGAAUAAAACUACAUCAUGGUAGCUUUAACGUUUACAAACACUGAUGCACAAAGGUUAGCAGAAUAUAAAAGGUUAAAGAAAAAACAAGUUUGAAAACCAUUCUGUAAAAUGCAGCUUCUAAGUGGUCAUCUGAUCUUGAAACUUACCAAUGGCAAGGUUGAAUGACUGGUUUCCAAAUUUUAUUGUGUUGGAAUUAUAGACCUAGAGCAUUCAGGAAUACAGGCACACCUUAGUGUAUAUGGGUAGGCUGUAUUCAUCCUUGUUUCAAGUCUCAAAAUUUAACCUUUACCCAGCUAUAUUUUUAAAAUGGUCUGGUCCGUCAUUCAAUUUGGGCAGUACCACUUAUUAGUCCCCUACUGGUUGAAAACCAGUUUCGGGGACUAUAGGAAUGCGCUUUUCCGUCAUUCCAUCCGUCCGUCCGUCCGUCCGACCGCAAUUUCGUGUCCGGUCCAUAACUCUGUCAUCCAUGAAGGGAUUUUAAUAUUACUUGGCACAAAUGUGCCCCAUGAUGAGACGACCUGUCAUGCGCAAAACCCGGACCCCUAGCUCAAAGAUCAAGGUCACAAUUGGAGGUCAAAGGUCAACAGGGCUUUUUUCCUGUCCGGUCCAUAACUCUCCCAUCCAUGAAGGGAUUUUAAUAUUACUUGGCACAAAUGUUCCCCAUGAUGAGACGACGUGUCAUGCGCAAAACCCUGACCCCUAGCUCAAAGGUCAAGGUCACACUUAGAAGUCAAAGGUUAACAGGUGUCCGGUUCAAAACUCUGCCAUUUAUUCUGGCAUAUUUUGUGCAGACAAGUGUAGCAUUCUUGGGCACGCUUCAGGGACAUUUGUCACCAAUAGUGAUGGCUCUUGUUUUAGUUUUAUUUUCCAUCAAUAUUAUCAACAUGUGAAGUUUUCUACCCUCACCUGGUCACCGCCACGCCCCCACCUCCCCACCCCCCAAAAAAAAAUAUUUUUUUUUUUCAUUCCUUCUUAGCUCACCUGAGCACAAAGUGGAGGUCAAAGGUCAAAGGUCAAAAGGAGGUCAAAGGUCAACAGGGCUUUUUUCCUGACAGGUCCAUAACUCUCCCAUCCAUGAAGGGAUUUUAAUAUUACUUGGCACAAAUGUUCUCCAUGAUGAGAUGACGUGUCUUGCGCAAAACCUAGACACCUAGCUCAAAGGUCAAGGUCACAAUUUGAGGUCAAAGGUCAACAGGGUUUUUUUUCCUGUCGGGUCCAUAACUCUGCCGUCCAUGAAGGGAUUUUAAUAUUACUUGGCACAAAUGUACCUCAUAAUAAGACGAUAUGUCAUACACAACUUCCAGACCCCUAGCUCAAAGGUCAAGGUCACACUUAGCAGUCAAAUGUUAACAUAGCAUGAACAGGGUCUGUUUCGUGUCCAGUCCAUAACUCUGACAUUCAUUAAGGGAUUUUAAUAUUACUUGGCACAAAUGUUCCCCAUGAUGAGACGACGUGUCGUGCGCAAAUCCCGGACCCUUAGCUCAAAGGUCAAGGUCACAAUUGGAGGUCAAAGGUCAAUAUUUUUUUUUUCCUGUCCGAUCCAGAACUCUGUCAUCCAUCAAGGGAUUACAAUAUCACUUGGCAUAAUUGUUCCCCAUGAUGAGAUGACAUGUCGUGCGCAACACCCAGUACCCUAGCUUAAAGGUCAAGGUCACACUUUGAGAUCAAAGGUCAGUAGGAUUUUUUUCCUGUCCAGUCUAAAACUUUGUCAUGCAAAACAGGAUUUAGAUAUCAGUUGGCACAAAUAUUCCCCUGGAUGAGACAACAUGUUAUGCCGCAGAACCCAAGCCCAGGGUCUAAUGUCAAGGUCACACUUAGAGACCAAAGGUCAGACACUAGAAUGACUUUGUCUGGAGCAUUUCUUCUUCAUGCAUGGAGGGAUUUUGAUGUAACUUGGCACAAAUGUUCACCAACAUAAGAUGGAUUGUCGUGCGCAAAAACCAGGUCCCUAGGUCUAAGGUCAAGGUCAUAUUUAGAGGUCAAAGGUCAAAUUCAAGAAUGACUUUGUACGGAGCAUUUCUUCUUCAUGCAUUGAGGGAUUAUGAUGUAACUUGGACCAAAUGUUCACCACCAUGAGGCACCCUUGUUUUUAGAAUUACGUCCCUUUGUUUUACUGUAAAUAGAUUUUAUUGUAACUUUUUUAUUAUUGGCCGUAGAGAAAAAUCGAGACCACUUUUCUGUGGUACAACAUGCAUGUUACAUCCAUUUUUAGCUCAUCUGAUUUUUUGAAAAAAAAUGAUGAGUUAUUGUCAUCACUUGAGCGGUUGUCGGCGUCGGCGUCGGCGUUGCCUGGUUAAGUUUUAUGUUUAGGUCAGCUUUUCUCCUAAACUAUCAAAGCUAUUGCUUUGAAACUUGGAAUACUUGUUCACCAUCAUAAGCUGACCCUGUAUAGCAAGAAACAUAACUCCAUCUUGCUUUUUGCAAGAUUUAUGGCCCCUUUUGUACUUAGAAAAUAUCAGAUUUCUUGGUUAAGUUUUAUGUUUAGGUCAACUUUUCUCCUAAACUAUCAAAGCUAUUGCUUUGAAACUUGGAAUACUUGUUCACCAUCAUAAGCAGACCCUGUACGUCAAGAAUCAUAACUCCAUCUUGCUUUUUGCAAGAUUUAUUGCCCCUUUUGGACUUAGAAAAUCAGUUUUCUUGGUUAAGUUUUAUGUUUAGGUCAGCUUUUAUCCUAAACUAUCAAAGCUAUUGCUUUAAAACUUGCAACACUUGUUUACCAUCAUAAGUUGACCCUGUAUAGCAAGAAACAUAACUCCGUCCUGCUUUUUGCAAGAUUUAUGGCCCCUUUUUGACUUAGAAAAUAUCAGAUUUCUUGGUUAAGUUUUAUGUUUAGGUCAACUUUUUCUCUUAAACUAUCAAAGCUAUUGCUUUGAAACUUGGAAUACUUGUUCACCAUCAUAAGCUGACCCUGUACAGCAAGCAACAUAACUCCAUCCUGCUUUUUGCAAUAAUUAUUGCCCCUUUUGGACUUAGAAAAUCAUUUUCUUGGUUGAGUAUUAUGUUUAAGUCAACUUUUCUCAUAAACUAUUAAAGCUAUUGCUUUAAAACUUGCAACAGUUUUUCACCAUCAUAAGUGGACACUGUACAUCAAGAAACAUAACUCUAUCCUGCUUUUUGCAAGAAUGAUGGCCAUUUUUAGACUUAGAAAAUCAUGGGUAGGACAAUAUUUCUAUUACACAAAAAAAAUCAGAUGAGCGUCAGCACCCGCAAGGCGGUGCUCUUGUUUAGGUGUAUUUUGACCUAUCUCUACCUGGUAAAGAGUUUCUUGUGGACUUAUAUUAUAUAGAUUUUUUUUUUUUUUUUUUUUUUUUUUUAAGAUUAAUUUCCCUUUGUAGGUACUAUAAAUAACUUAUAUGAUAACUUUUUUAUAAUCGGCAAAAACAUUUCAAUAUGAAAACAACUGUUGGUUUUUAUAUAUGCACAUUUUAAUCCAAGUGUGUUGUUAUAACAUAUUGUAUAUAAUAGUACAAUAUUGUUUAUACAUCAUUGACAUAUAUCAGUUCAUGAUGUUAUACUGCAGUAGAGAAAACUAGGUGCCUUCCAGUAGGGGACUUUGUAUUGCAUGGCAAUACUUCAUUCACUUGUUAUUCUAGGGGUGUUGACUGAAAAUUUACCUACUGAAUAGGGAACAGUGCAAACCAUGAUCGGCAUGCUCAGACGUGUAGGCUGAUCUUGGUCUGCACUGGUCGCAAAGACAAAUUCACUUGCCACCAGCAGGCUAAAGGUUAAAUUUUAGAGGCUAAAUUUUCAUUAAAAAUUUGGCUGAUUAGAGUGCAACUCUGAUUUUCCAACUUGUAGCAUUGGUGUGGGCCUUGAUUUUUUAAUAAAUUUCAGGGGAGACAAUUCAUACUUUUUUCUUACUUGAAGAAUUUGUGAUACUUUUUAAUGAACUAUGUUGUUUCUGUUUGUGAUCUAUUUUAUUCUCUAGUCACUUAGUUACGCCAUUUCUUACAAUCAGUACAUUGUCAGAGUUCAGUUUUCUUGUUAGAUAAAGUAAAUAUUUGCUUCAACAUUCACUAACAUUAGCCAAACUGAUUGUUUACUUUAACAUUCAGUGACAUCCACUUUGUUAACAUUCUCUAUGAUGAUGAAAGUCAUCCUUAAAAAUCAUUUACCAGACUGAUUUCUGUUGAGAAGUCAUACCUGCAUCUUAAUAUACAUGUACAAGCAAUAAACUUGUUGAUUUGUGAUAUUCUGAACUAUUUUUGACUAUCUGUGUACAUUGUAUUUUUGUUCCAUAAUGUUUUCAUGUUGUCUAAAUGUAAAAAGUACAUUUAUGCAUAAUAUCAUAUAUGGAGCUGCUUAUAUUCUUUGUAGUUAAUGUGUGAUUUACUGUAGAUAAGGUAUUACUUGCAAUGACAUUAUUUUUGCUUAUAUUUGUAAACUUUGCCACUUGCAAAUUUAAACUUCCAUUUUGUCCGAAUGUCCUGUACUUACAUGUAAGUCAUUUUAUUUCUUGGGCAUAGAAUAACAUUUUUUUUGAGGGGUGUGUGUGUGGGAUGGGGGAGGUGGGGUGUGGGGAUUGCAACACAGCUAUUUCAUAUGAAUUUAUGGAGUUCAGUUUUUGAAGGUGAAAUGAAUGCUAUUUUUUUUUGGUGUUUUUGGCAAUACAUUUGAUGGAUUGACGUAACCACAAAUUCCAUGAAAAUUAUUCCCUAAUGAAUAAUAAUGAAUUUACGGUAGUAUACACCUUUAUUGUUUUAGCCUAGUAAAAUCCAAAUUCAUUAUGUUAAUGUUUUUUUAACACCUGUUAAAGCAAUGUCACAAAUGAUGUCACACAUCCAAUAUUAAAUGUAUACAUCAAUAUUGAAAAAUAUUGACAUUUCAGUUUCUGUUCUUCAAAAGGCAGUAUUAAAUGAUAAAUUACCAGUCACAAAUUCUUGGCAAGGUAAAUAUUGCUGCUUGCUGAUUAUCAAACUGUGAAAUAAAGCCAAACAUACUCUGUGUUUUGCCAAAAUAAAUUAAAUAUGUGAUAUGUAAAUUUACAUGUGUACAAGUUGUUUACUGAUAAAAAUUUGGUUUUCCAUUUGAAAUACAUGGCUUUAUUAAUUAUUUUUUUCUGUGUGUUAAAACGUUUGUGAAUAUUUCGUGACUGUAUAUAUAUAAUAUACAACACAUAAUUCUUAAAAAUGUGUGAAGAAUUAUAUAUAUAUUUAUAUAUAUGUUACUCAGAUUAAAAGGUGUUCAUUAUGAAUCUAGAGCAGGGAAUGUCUAGCUUAUCUGCAGUUUUUUCUAUGUAUUGUCACUACAUACAAGUUUUUUCUAUGUUUUAUGCAGUUCUGAGAAAGUGGAAUGUUUGAAGCAAUGUAAGAUUUAAUUUGGUUACCUUUUUUUAUAGAUAUGUAAUAAAAUGUUGCUGGACAAUAUUUCUAUGUUUUCUUCAUGUUAUUUCUGUUUGUGUUUUGAAAACAGUUGUGCAAUGAGCCACGCCAUGAGAAAACCAACAUAGUGCGUUUGCGACCAGCAUGGAUCAUAACCAGCCUACGCAUCCGCGCAGUCUGGUCAGGAUCCAUGCUAUUCGCUAACAGUUUCUCUAAUUGCAUUAGGCUUUGAAAGCGAACAGCAUGGAUCCUGACCAGACUGCGCAAAUGCACUACAUUGGUUUUCUCAUGUUGAAUUUAAAGGGGCCUGCCCACAAAUUAAUGUAGUGGACCCAUCAUGACAGUUGCUUAAUUACUUAUUUAGUCGGAAAUUUUCCAGUUUUUACAGAAGUAGAUUUUGUCACAAUCAUGUCCAAAGAAUGCUGAACACCUAACAACCCAGUCACACGGAAAUUGUUGAGUCUUUACAGCUUCAGUACCUUUAAAAGUGAAUAGUGCUGCAUCAAAUUCUAUUUAAAUAUCUUUUUUUGCUAGUCUGAUUUUUAAAAAAAAUUCUAUUAGGUAUUGUCGUCACUUGAUUGUCGGCGUUGGCGUUGGUUAAAUUUUUUGUUUAGGUCCACCUUUUCUCAAAAACUAUAAAAAGAAUAGCUUUGAAAUGUUGCAAACUUAUUUAUCAUCACUAGUUGACUAUGUAGGCCAAGAACCAUAACUCUGAUAAGCAUUUUGAUAGAAUUAUGACCCUUUUUGUACUAUGAAAAGUUGAAUUUCUUGGUUAAAAUUUUUGUUUGAGUCAACUUUACUUGAAUACUAAAAGAACACUAACUUUGAAACUUUGCAGACUUGUUUAUCAUCAUUACACGAGUACGUAGGCCAAGAGCCAAUAAGUCUGAUAUGCAUUUUGUCUGAAUUAUGGACCUUUAUGUUUUUGAAUUUCUUUUUAUUUAUGUCCACUUUUCUUGAAUUCUAUAAAAGCUAUAGCUUAGAAACUUUGUACACUUGUUUGUUAUCAUUAAUUUAGUAAAUCGGUCAAGAACCAUAACUCUGUCUUGCAUUUUGUCAGAAUUAUGGGCCUUUUUAACUUAAAAGAUCAGUAUUUCUUGGUUGCCUUUUUUGUUAAGUUCACUAUUCUUGAGUACUUGUUAUAGCUGUGAAACUUCAUACAUUUUUUUGUCAUUUACUAAGAUGAGUAAAAGGGCCAAGAACCACUGACUCUUUCCUUGCAUAUUGUCUAGUACUUACAGACAAGUGAUGGCACCUGCAGGCGGUGCUCUUGUUAGGACUAACAAUAAAUACUGUUUAUCUUUGAUAUUUUAUUGACUAGCAAUUGCUGUCUUUUUCAAAAUAUUUGAUAUUGUGAUGUACUUCAGGAGGCAAGCCCCUUUAAUGCUGCUUUCAAUAUUAUGUUGUUUUUAGAGUGACGAAAUCAUAAUUCCGAUGCCUGUUAUAUACCUGUUUGUGUCAUAUUUGCUAAGUGCAAUAUUAAAAUCUCAGUUGCAGUCAGUUUAAGGUAGUUAUGCAUCUUUUAUAAAACUCGGAAGUCAUGACAGAUGUCAUUUAUGCAAGACUUAGAAUAAUACCUUGAACACAGAGUUCUAUAUGGAAUUUAGGGAAAAGUAAUAACUAUCACAGCUAAAGAUUUAAUAUGUUGUAUUGAUAUAAAUAUGUUCACACAUAAAAUAAUACAAAAUUCUGGUAAAGUAGCACUUUAACAUAUAUAUAUAUUUCAACCGGUGAUCAUUUACAACUUGUUUGUAACGGGUAGAUUAUGUCAAAAAAUACUGAUUUUCCGAUAGGCUGUGAAUAUAGAAAGAACGUAACAGAUUUUACAAAUUUACGAAGAGUAAAAAAAAACUCAUUAACCGAUUUUUAGCUCACCUGAGCAAUGCUCAGGUGAGUUUUUCUGAUCGCUCGAUGUCCGGCAUCCAUCGUCUGUCGUCUGUCAACAUUUAGCUUGUGUAUGCGAUAGAGGCUAUAUUUUUCAAUAAUCUUCAUGAAUAUUGGUCAGAAUGAUAACCUUGAUGAAAUCUAGGCCGAGUUCGAAAAUGGGUCAUCUCGGGUCAAAAACUAGGUCACUAGGUCAAAUCAAAGAAAAACCUUGUGUAUGCAAUAGAUGCUGUAUUUUUCAAUUAUUCUUCAUGAAUAUUGGUCAGAAUGAUAACCUUUAUGAAAUCUAGACCGAGUUCGAAAAUGGGUUAUCUCGGGUCAAAAACUAGGUCACUAGGUCAAAUCAAAGAAAAACCUUGUGUAUGCGAUAGAGGCGGUAUUUUUCAAUUAUUCUUCAUGAAUAUUGGUCAGAAUGAUAACCUCGAUGAAAUCUAGGCCGAGUUUGAAAAUGGGUCAUCUCGGGUCAAAAACUAGGUCACUAGGUCAAAUCAAAGAAAAACCUUGUGUAUGAGAUAGAGGCUGUAUUUUUCAAUUGAUCUUCAUGAGUAUUGGUCAGAAUGAUUGCUUUGAUGAAAUCUAGACCGAGUUCGAAAAUGGGUCAUCUCGGGUCAAAAACUAGGUCACUAGGCCAAAUCAAAGAAAAACCUUGUGUAUGCGAUAGAGGCGGUAUUUUUCAAUUGAUCUUCAUGAAUUUUGAUCAGAAUGAUUACCUUGAUAAAAUCUAGGCUGAGUUUGAAAAUGGGUCAUCUGGGUUCAAAAACUAGGUCACUAGGUCAAGUCAAGGAAAAACCUUGUGUAUGCGAUAGAGGCUGUAUUUUUCAAUUGAUCUUCAUGAAUUUUGGUCAGAAUGAUAACCUUGAUGAAAUUUAGACCAAGAUCGAAAAUGGGUCAUCUGGGGUCAAAACUAGGUCACUAGGUUAAAUCAAAGAAAAACUUUGUGUAUGCAAUAGAGGCUGUAUUUUUCAACUGAUCUUCAUGAAAUUUAGCCAGAAUGAUUACCUUAAUAAAAUCUAGGCCGAGUUCGAAAAUGGGUCAUCUGGGAUCAAAAACUAGGUCACUAGAUCAAAUCGAAGAAAAACAUUGUGUAUGCAAUAGAGGAUGUAUUUUUCAAUUGAUCUUCAUGAAAUUUGGUCAGGAUGAUUGCCUUAAUGAAAUCUAGGUCGAAUUUGAAUAUGGGUCAUCUGAGGUCAAAAACUAGGUCACUUGGUCAAAUCAAAGAAAAAACUUGUGUAUGUGAUAGAGGCUGUAUUUUUCAAUUGAACUUCAUGAAUUAGGUCAGAAUGAUUGCCUUGAUAAAAUCUAGGUCGAGUUUGAGCAUGGGUCAUCUAGGGUCAAAAACUAGGUCAUAUCUAAGAAAAUGCUUGUUUUAUCGUAAGAGACCAAUUUUUUGGUCCAAUCUUAAUGAAAAUUUGUCAGAAUAUUUGUUUCCAUGAAAUCACUAGGUCAAACAUGUUUUACACUGUUAUGGUGUGUUUCUUAGGUGAGCGACCUAGGGCCAUCUUGGCCCUCUUGUUUCUGUUUGCUUCAUUUUUGCUGAAUUAUAUCAUAUCCUAUAUUUCAGAAAAUAUUUUGGUUUGAACAUGCAUUACAACCUUUCACACAUACAUGUAUAUAUCUGCAUUUUGUGCAGGUAGUAAAGGGAACAACUGUUUGAAUCACAUAAUCUGUAACAUUGGUAGCUUCCUUCAUUGUAAAAUCGUAACCUUUUUAUUAUUCACACAUUAACAGUUUGUCUUCUGCAUAUUUCUGUGAUGUUUUUUUCAUGUGAAUUUAGUGUGGUCUGGAAUUAAAAUAUCUUAACUUUUCAAUUUAUUUUUGCAAAUAAAGGUACUUCUUUUAGAAGA